GUUUUAUUUCAACCUUCAAGGAUACCCAAACACGAACACAAACCAUUCAAAACUUACAAGAUGGACCCAUUAUUAGAAUCGCUCGAGGAUAGACUUUUAUUUGCGAUUCCUAAAAAAGACUAUACCAGAAAUGUUUAGAAAUCUUGGCUGGAGCAGAUAUUCAGUUUAGUCGGUCUCAUCGUUUAGAUGUCUGUUUAGUUGGAAAUCAUCAGAUGGCAUUAGUUUUUUUACCAGCAGCUGAUAUACCAAGAUUCGUUGGAGAAGGAAAUGUAGAUUUAGCGAUUACAGGACAAGAUAUGGUAGCAGAAGCAGAUGUAAAUGACUUGAUUGAAGAAAUUUGUCCAUUAGGAUUUGGAAAAUGUAAACUUCAAGUUCAAGUUCCAAUCAAAUCGAAUAUCAAAACUGUAGAAGAACUUUGUGGUAAAAAGAUUGUCACUAGUUUUGAAGUGAUUAGUAAAAGGUUUUUUGAAGAUUUAGAUUCAAAAGCUUUAUCACCUAAUGGUCAAGAUCAAGAUGAAUCAAAAACGAAAGGUACUAUUAUUGAAUAUAUUGGAGGAAGUGUUGAAGCUGCUUGCGCUUUGGGUUUAGCUGAUGGUAUUGUGGAUCUCGUUGAAUCCGGUGAAACAAUGCGUGCUGCUGGACUUCACGCCAUUCAUACGCUAAUGACUUCUGAAGCAGUUUUAAUAAAAUCUACAAGGAAACCGAGAGGAGAGACUCAAAGACUACUGACCGAAUUAGUCACCUCACGGAUCAAGGGAGUCGUUGCUGCAGCUCGAUAUGUACUCUGUCAAUACAAUAUCAAACGGGAACGAUUACCAGAAGCUAUAAAGUUAACACCUGGACGUAGGUCUGCGACUGUGAGUCCUUUGGAAGACGAAACUUGGGUUGCGGUUUCUGCAAUGGUUCCAAAGAAAGAUAGUGCAACAGUGAUGGAUCAAUUAGAAAAGAUUGAUGCUUGUGAUAUAUUCUUGAUUGAUUUAGCCAAUUGUCGUGUUUAGAUUGUUUAAGGGAAUCAUUCAAAAGAUUUAGAAUCAAAUGUGUCCUUUCUGCUUGUUGUGAUAUACCAUUUUUCAAUGAGAGGGAAUUUCGUUAAAAUCUGGU